AAUAUUUGUUAUAAUUGUCAAAAUUGUCUAAAGAUUUAUUUUUAUAACUCAUGUGGUUAUGUUGAUCAGAAAUGAAUGAAUACAUAAUUUACAUUUACAAGUUAGUUUGACAGUGUUAGCAUAAAAACAAGACAAUUUAAGUGGUUCUGCUUUUAUUAAUCACAAAUUACUGAAUGACUGAAAAUGCAGCGAACACACUCUCGUGACGCAGGGAUUUUUUGAAAAGUAAACGUUUUUUUCCUGAUUGCGGCAGGCAAACCACGCGAUCUGGCGUCUUUUCGCCAGCCCCUCCACCGGCUUCCCUUGUUGUUUUUAUAAGAAUGAAAGCUGAAUAAACUGAUUCCGUUGUUCAAUUUCCUCCCUGAAUGAUCGUGCCUCCUAUGGCAGUUCUUGAUCGAGCAGUACUGACCAAACAUAUCAAAGUUUAUUAAAAUCUCGCCAGAAAAUCCAAACACAAUCUCCAACACACAAACUCAAAUACAACAGGAUAGGAAGCAAUCCUGCAAAUAUGGCAGAGUACCCAUAAUGCAACACGGCGUGACGUCAACUCCACAUUCCCUAUACCAAAUACAUAAAAUAACGUUGUUUUUUAAGCAAUUAAAUAGGUGCUCUUUAUACAAACAGAGACCAGAAGUUAAGUUCCGUCCAGACACGUAUCCGCGACAAUGCGCAUGUAUCCGAUGAAAGUGCCUAUAGGUUGUUUCAUUACCUGAAGUGAAGUGAACUUCCAGUCUGUAUAUUUAUCGGUCUAGCUAGUGGCUAAACUGAUCUCUGAAACAAAUACCUUGUGUACAAUAGAAUGUUUUGGUUUGCUAAAGACAAGGGGAGUUGAUGAGCAUGAAUCAAAACUGUGAAAGCUUGGCAACAAGGCAAGAAUUAAAAGAACUGUACAGUAGCUAACAUUGUAUACAUUAACUUUACACAGUAACGUUAGCUCAGUAGUUGAUACGCUUUAGCUAUAAUAAUAAAUGAAUGAAGGUAAUUUACUUGUCAUAGAAAUAAACUACUGUAAAAUGACUCUGUUGUUAUUGAUUCUAUAGCGGAAAUUGCGUUUUUUUCCACAAAAGCCGUUUGUUUAUGUUGUUGCUUCUGAAACCGUGUCGGAAUUAGUUAGUGUCAAUUUUGUUACUGUCAAACUCUGUUACCAAGGUAGAGUAUUAUAAACGUGUACAAUUUAAUGAAAUGCCGUUAUUGUUUUAAAUUUUUAUUCGAUUUUGUAGUUGACUUUUAAACCAUGGUUAGGUUCCCCCUCGGGUUCACGACCACAUCCCAUGCGCUACCUGAUGCACAAAGAUGUUAGAUCGCAACUCUAUACAAUCUUCUCUGCUUUUACAGUGAACUGAAAGUAUGCUGUGGUAUGAUCUUGAGAUGUCAGAUCUGUGUUGUGUCUUUGACUGUAAUGUGUCUCGUGACCUGUUUUCAAAGUUUUUCUAAAUACUUGCAUGUUGCUUCAAAGUGAUUCUCAUCCUCCUACCUAAAAAGUGGUAAGUGUAUCAUUUUAAUGUCUGAAAAACCCCAACUUUUGCCGGUACAGUGCGUGAUCUUUAUCUUCUAUGUUUUACAGUGCUUUCUAUUUGGAAAAUAAUUAAUUGCAGAAACUAUACUUUAGGAUAUGUUCAACUAAACACAACAUGGUGGACUUUGAUCUUCUACAGGAAGACAACAAGAACAAAAAAAGGUUUUUGAGAAGCUAUCAUGGUCUUGGGGGCCGGUAUAUUUUCUAAAACCUCGUAGACAUGACCACACAGGAACCUGCCUAGAUAAUCAGACUUGAAGAUUAAACCACCAUGAAUGCAUGAGAAGUUUUCUUUUGUGCAUUCUUAUGUAAAGGCUCAAGAGUUAAGGUUAGGAGUUUGUUGUUUACAGAGCACUUUGUUUUUGACAUGGAUUGUCUUGGCAGUGGAGUCUUUUUACUGCUAGUAACAACAUCGAUUUGGAGUCCACUUGACGGGAACCCUUUACAUGUCCAUCUGAAACCAGCAUCAAGGAUUACAGUUUGUGAAGGGGCUUCAGUCAAACUCAACUGUACUUGGAGUCUAUCGCAUAAAAACGCCAAAGUGAGCUGGCACUUUGAUAACAACACAGCUGACUCUAAAUGUGACACACACAAGAAAAUAGAAGAAUCAUCCUUUAUUCAAAAUCGUAACGACACUUGGUCAGAGCUCGCAAUGCCCGUAAGGAUUUAUGACAGUGGAUGGUACUUCUGCAAAGUAAUCAUAGAUAUUCCUUUUCUCAUACGUAAUUGCAGUAAUGGACUUUAUAUUCUGGUUGAACCAAACAGCACUGAUCCGACUCCAAAUCAAAAUCAGACUACCACAAAUUCACCAACAGUUUGUUCUCCCAGUGCUGAACCGACCAAGUCAGCAGUUGAAAAUUGGUGGAUAUGGGUAGUGGUGGCUGUUGGAUGCGUAGUACUAAUUAUAAUAGUUGUUGCUAUAUGCCUCUUAUCAUGCAAAACUAAAGAGGCCAUUUAUGAAAACACAGCACUGCAGAAGUCCACCUGCUGGCGACAGGAUCGGAGUCGGAAGGACACAUGCAACGUGCCAGCAUCCAAAAAAGUUGAAACCAUUAAACCACUGAGGAAAUAUGACACUCUUUCUGAAAACAGAUACCACAGACCAUAAGUUAGGGCUAUUCAGCGCUGGAGAGUCGAUGUCCUUCAGAGUUUAGUUUCAAACCUUAUCAAAGCUUUUAAAGCAAUCCUAAAUACGUUGUAGCUUGUUAUGUAUUUUUUAUUUGUGAUAUUUGAGAUAUUUCAUAUUUUGAAUUAGGGUUAGAAUAAAAAUCUGCACUGGCCUUCCAAAACCGGAGUUGACGCCAUAUUGGCGUCAUAAUGUUUCAAUACAUUUUUUAUUCUCUUUAUUGAUUUAAUGGUGUAAUUUAGCAUUUUCCACUACAUGGAAAGCUGUAUAUACAUAUUUUGUUUAUUUUUAAUGUACAAAUGUAAUUUUUUGUGUGUGUUAUGUUAAAUACUUUUCUCUCCUAUACUUAGCGCAUUUGUGAAUAUCUGAAGAUUCUUCCUGAAAACUAUGAUUUUAAAACAUUUAAAAUAAUGAUGUGAGUUUGGAGUGGGGCCUUUCUGUUUGACCAAUUACAUAUAAUGGGAGUGUUCGGAAAACAUAACUUCUAAUAAUUCAAGUGUUAUUCACCUAAAGAAAACUAGUGGAAUUUAUUUUUGUACCUCUUUCAGUUGUCAUACUGAAACGUCUUGUGGUUACAAAUAAAUAUGAGAAACAUCUAAAAC